AUGCGGAAGGAUCAUUUCCGAGCAAUAGACUGGUGGGUUGAACACAACAACUUAUACAUCAAGAGAAUUUAUGGAGGGAAAUUCUCAAACCGUACAAAGAAAUGGAUCUUGAAGGAGUCAGCUCUUAUCGGCGUAUACAAGAAUGCUCGCAUCAACCUCGAGAAAAUGUUCACGCUUGAUCACCGCACAUUCAAGCACUCCCCGCUUAAAUUGCUACAGACAUUCAAAAAGCUCGCGACCUAUAUGCAGAAGAAGAACACUCACGUUUUUGUGGCAGGUCGCAAGAGUAGACAUACAAUUACAGAUGCGCUCGAGGCUGGAAUGUACAAGUUGGUCACGACAGAUACAGAGGGCCUAGAGAAGGACGAAUUGGAAGUUGAGCUUGAAGUAGAUGGCACGGAUGGAGACCUUGACGUGUAA